GUUCUCAAACAGGUGGGGGUUUGUUCAGAUUCAGUCGUCCGUAGAACUUGAAAACGCGCAAAUCGCUUUAAGACUUGGCGAGCGGUAGGGUUUGCCGUUCUAUGUGAGACACAAUAAAAAAGUGAAAUAUAUAAAAAGGAUCUACGAAAAGAUAUACAAGGAACUUUAAAGCACAAUGACGUCCAGCAAGCAGCAGGAAGCUGAGGCGGACAGCGAACAUAAUCCACAAGUAGUAGUUACUCCAACGGGUGCUACACACAGCAUACGCCAUGAUCGCAGCUUAUGGCGAGAUCUGACAGCCUACUGGAUCUUGGGUUUGUGCAAUAAUUAUGGUUACGUGGUUAUGUUAAGUGCAGCGCAUGAUAUAAUAGCGCAGUUCAACGAUGAGCCAGAGUUUAAUGAAGAUGUGGACAGUGGACGAGAAUGUCAUUUGGUAUCAACUGGCGCUAUAUUGCUGGCGGAUGUGUUGCCCUCGCUGUUUGUCAAGAUACUGAUGCCAUUUUUCCCAUUCUGGGUGAACGUGCGCAUAGCCAUCGCUGUGGCUUGCUCAGCGGCAGGAUUUCUGUUGGUGGGCUUUGCCAAUGCGGAGUGGAUGGCGCUGCUGGGAGUGAUCAUUACCUCAGCUAGCAGUGGUAUAGGCGAGACCACCUUUCUGGCCUAUUCGUCGCGCUUUAACAAAAAUGUCAUAUCCACUUGGUCAUCGGGCACAGGCGGUGCUGGUGUCAUUGGCUCCUUGAGCUAUGCCACGUUGCGCUCGUUGAAUGUCAGUCCACGUGAUACAAUGCUCAUCAUGCUGAUCUUUCCCGCCAUUGAAGCUUUCUCCUUCUGGCUGCUGCUGCGUCGGCCGCAAGUGUUGCCUGUCACUGCUGUGGAGUCGACUGAGGAGCUCAUUAGAGACGACAAGCCGCUGGUUGGCUUCAAGGAGAAGAUGUCCUACAUUAAGCAUUUGUUCAAGUACAUGCUACCUCUAUGCCUGGUCUACUUCUUUGAGUACUUCAUCAAUCAGGGCUUGUUUGAACUGGUUUACUUUGAAAACAUCUUCCUGGACAAGGCUGCGCAAUAUCGCUGGCUCAAUGUGGACUAUCAGAUCGGCGUGUUCAUAUCACGUUCGUCUGUGAACAUCUUCCAGCUAAACAAGAUCUGGCUAAUGUCUGUAUUCCAAUUCAUCAAUGUGGCGUACUUCCUGACCGAAGUCAUCUGGUUCUACACGCCCACCAUUUGGCUUGUCUUUGUCAUAGUGCUGUGGGAGGGUCUGCUGGGCGGCGGCGCCUAUGUGAACACAUUCUAUCGCAUGUCCAAAGAGAUACCUGCGGGACGGCAGCAGUUCGCCAUGUCUAUGGUGGUGCAGUCGGACUCUUAUGGCAUUGCGCUCGCCGGCUUCCUGGCCAUACCCGUGCACAAUGCCAUCUGCGGACUGCCCGCUGCGGUGCGAAGUGUCGUCUGGUGAGCAGCAGUAACACCCACAGUG